AUGGAGUGCCCGUGGGGGUACAACCGCCUGAUCCAUGACUUCUUGGACCUGCUGCAGAGAGAGGACGAGCUCGCGAUGCAGGGGCAUUCCUUUGGCCCCCUCUCGGAAGAGCGCCUGACGUACGGGCCGGAGGGUCUGAGGAUCGUCUCCCCCAUGGUGUACAAGGGGGGGAAUGCGGCGGUCCAGCACGUCCAGUGCGUGAGGAGUGUGUUCCGGGUGUUCUGCCGCGUGUGCCACCGAUGGAUGCGGGGUCAGGACUGGACGUUCGUGGCGUGGCGGAUGCUGGAUAGCAACGACGCGAGGUUCGAUCAGCGGUACCAACAGGACUACCUCCUGACGCUGUCGGAGCAGAGUCCGCGGGUGUACAAGAACCUGCUGAUCUGCAUCAGGAAGCCGCGGUCUUCCGUUCUUUAA